UAUAUAUAUAUAUUUUUUUUUUUGUGUGUGUGUGUGUUGCCUGGAUUUAAUUAUUUUCACACAUAUAUCUUUAUAUAUAUAUUUUUUGGAUUUAUUAGCCAUUUUAUUCCAUUUGCACACCGAGUGUGUCGUUUUUGUCCUGUUUUUUUGGGGAUAUACAGUCGCACAGUCUCAUCACCGACGGACCGACCGACCUGCCGACGGACUAAACUAAAGGGGGUGAAAAAGAGUGAGACAGCGUCCCAGGUGGAGAUAUAGAUCCAGGUGGAGAUCCGGCCAGAUCACCCCGGAGUUCUGCACCAUGAGCCAGGCGGAUAUAUCCACUUGCUCCGCGCCGCAGAGAGUUUUCCAGGAGGCGGUGAAGAAGGGAAACACCAAGGAGCUCCACUCCCUCCUGCAGAACAUGACCAGCUGCGAGUUCAACGUGAAUUCCUUCGGUCCAGAAGGUCAGACAGCUCUCCACCAGUCUGUUAUCGACGGAAAUCUGGAGUUAGUGAAGCUCCUGGUGAAGUUUGGAGCAGAUAUUCGACUUGCGAACAGGGAGGGAUGGAGCGCUUUACACAUCGCUGCUUUCGGGGGACACCAGGACAUCGUUUUAUACCUCAUCACUAAAGCAAAGUACUCCUCUGCAGCCAGGUAAAAAAACAAGAUAAACUGAUUUAAAAAGAGAGAAAGACUCAUAGACAGUAAGACAAGUUCCUGUUUGAACCCACAUCUCUGCCAAAUGGAGAGAAAAAGAAAAGAAAAGAGAGAUAGAGACAAUGGAGAAACAAAAAAGCAGAAGUUCCCUUAAAACCAAAUGGAGACUGAGAAAAGAUUGAGAAAAGGUGGGAGAGUUAUGAGGGUUAUGAAAUAGUAGAAAUUGGGCUUUUAAUAGCUUUUAAUUAAAACAAAACAAAACAAUAGCUAACUAACUACAUGCCAUGCCACGAUGAUGAUAUCAUCCUUAUAGCAAAGAAAAGAACAUGGAACAAAUCAAACGUUUAUAUACAUAAAACGUCCUGUUUCAUAUUGUAUUUGGGAUCGUGGAGAGAGACAUAGACACACCGAGAGAGAAAGAAAAUAUAAAUAUAUUAUAUACGUAUAUUUUUGUGCGUUGGUACUAAAGCUUUGCUUUUUUUUUCUCUGUAUGAGUGUAUGGUGUCUGUAUGUGUGUGUGAUGCAUGUGUUUAAUGUGAGUGUGAUGUAUGUAUAUAUGUGUGUGUGUGUGUGUUAGUUAGUUAGUUUGCUAGCUAUGUAUGUAUUAUAUAGUUAGUUAGCUGGCUGGCUGGCUGAAAACAUACAAAAACAAAAGUUUAGGGACUCUGAAUCAGAACUGAACUGAACUAUAGGGGGCACAUAAUAAAUAUCGCAUAGAAUAAGAAUAAUAAGAACCUGCGCUGCUUUUUUUAUACCCCUUUUGCGCCAAGCCCCGCCCACUUCGCGCAAGGAUUGGCUAGGUAAGCAGGCCGUCGUUCUAGAGCGCGCCGUUAGCCAAUCAGCAUGCGGGUGGGCGCCUCCUUCUGCAAUAUGCUGGGAAAAACUAAAAACUUGCUAAAAACUAGCUUGGUUGCUAAUAAUCUCUCUUUUAUUUAGUUUGAUGUGUUUGAAAUGUAAGAAAUUCUAUAUAUAUAUAUAUAUGUCCAAUGAAAAGCAUGUAUCUCCAUUUUUGUUGAUUUUUUUUUUUAGAUUUUUCUACAUUACAUUGCAUUGCAUUUGGCAGAUGCUUUUGUCCAAAGCGACUUACAAUAAUGAUGUUUGUCCAAAUUUCUUAAUCAAUGGACCAAUAAAAACUCUCCAAAAUUUUGAAAAAAAAUUAACCCUUUUUACACUGACCUCUAUUGAAAGUGGAAGUGACUUACAAUGAUACUUUUUGUCCAAAUUUUUGAUCAGUGGAUCAAUAGAAAAUCUCAAAAAAUGACCUAAAAUUAAUUCUUUUUACACUGACCUCCAUUGAGUUUUUAAAGUUUUCUCUCCCGUAAAGUUGCUGUUGUUUUCAUGUCUUUCUUUGGACAUAAAUAUACAUACUGCCUUCUUAUAGUGAGAUAGUCUGGGCAUUAAGGCAUUAAUUUAGCAUUUGUUGCAUUUCAGACACAGCCAACGUUGUGUUGACCUGUUACUCAGCUUUUGCUCACCAGUAUGACCAUAUUAUGACCAUAUCAUAUAAAAUUAUCUAUCUAAUCAUAAAAAAGAUGGCACUUGCUGGAAUAUUUGAUAUUUGGUUUGAAAGGGAAGACGAGUCUAGAAUGAAGGCCACCCUCUAGUUGGCUAAAACAAACUGUUUUUUAAAAUUACUGUUAUUUUAGAUAUAGCAUAUUUUGGCCACAUGCUUGUUAUAUAAUGAUUAUAUCCAAUGUUUGCAUUUUUAAAAGAGUCCAAUCUUGAUAGAUCAACUUAACAACUUUAAAGUGACCUAAUGUUGUUGUUCAGUACUGUACACAAUAGCUUUACUGUGCUUUUCCUACCCUGUAAGUGUAGUCCAAUGCCCAGCGCUCCCUCCUUGCAGCUUUCAGGCUACUAAAAUGUGUUACUAAAACAAAAAACAGCUGCUUUUAUUUUUGCUUUUGUAUCAGGAAAAAAAAUUCAAGAGUCACAUUUUGGAAUACACUUUAUAAUCGUAUAAUCUCUCAGUAUUUCUUUUCUCUUAUUUUUUAUUUUGUUAUAUUAUUAUAAACACCCUGGUCAUCACUGUGAAUGCAGGCUGGGUUCUUUGUUUUUUACUUUUUUUUUGCUGUUGUUUUUCUUUCUAUUUAUGAAGGUACAUUGAGAUGAUGAUGAUGAUGCUGAUGAUGAUGAUACAUUUAAAUUAUGUAUGUGGUUAUAAUUUAGUCUUUUUUAAUAGCCUAAGGAACUAAGCUGCUCUAGAUUUUUGUAGAGGCCUGAGGAAGAAGUCCUGUGUUGGAGAUUCAGCCUUGCAUACACAUAUACAUACACACACACUCAUAUAGCUUCCUGUUUUUUUAUUGUUUUUAUCUUGUUUUUAUCGUUUAUCUCAUUCUCUCAUCCUCAAUACACCCCGCACCCACAAUACACUCCCCACCCACCAUCCACCCACUGUAUGUUUGGAUCUCUGUAUCUUUAUACCAGCUACCUCGACUUGACUUUUUAAAACUUCUUUAUUUUAAAGUGUUCAACCAGUUUUAGUUUUAAGCCUACUGAUUCCUCCAGGGUCUUCUGUAGGACCUGACCUUCCUCGCUUUCCCAGCCUUUCCAAGCCUUUUUUAGCCCACUCUGGAGCCUUAAUGGAGCCAAUGGGGGGAUAUUAGAAAGCUAGAUGGGCUAUAAAUGUUGUUUUUUUAUUUUUUUAAGCUUAAAUUAGCUUUUUUAUUUGCCAUUUUAAUAUCACCUCCAUUUCUAUUGUUUUUUAGCAACCAAAAUUGAUUAAAUAGGCUCAGACUCUACUCUACUGGUUCAUUGAAACCAUUUGAUUUGAUGAAUUUGAUGAUUUGUCUUAGUCAUUUCCUUUCUUCCUCACUUCGUAAUGUUUUUAAUGUUCCUGUCUUCCACCUCCUUCACUCUUUUUCUCCUUUUUGUUUUGGUUUUUAAGUUUUUCACAUUGUUUUUAGUUUCUUGACUUACAAAAAGUGGACUGUAAUGGCAUGACUAUUAAUGCAGGGAGUUUUGUUGCACAAAAUAAUGAUGUGGAGCCUUAUACGCCCCCUAGUACCUGGUCAGGUAACUGCAGGAGCUUGAGGCUUUGAGGCUUGAGAAGGAGAGUUACUACUGAGCAGGAGGACUAUUAUUAUUAUUAGUACUAUUAUUAUUAUUAUUAACCUGAUGUGUUUUAAUGGAGAAGGCCACUAUGGACUGUUGUUUUGUGUGACUGAUUUUGCAGGGAAAUACAAGUAAAAGAUCUAAAGAUAUGUUAAGAGAGACAGAGUGAAAAAAAAAAGAGAGAGAGAGACCUGCCUUUAAAAGUCAUAGCACCCUAAUGUUUGUUUCAAUGCUGCUUUUAUUAUUAAUGUGUUUUAUUUUUUUAAAACAAUAGCCAACAGUGAGUGAAUGAAAGAGGACAAAUAUCAGUUAGAUGAUUCACAGAAACCUUUAAAUGGAAAGUCUCCCAAAUGCAGUGAGAGCAUGUACUGUAAGUGAGUAAAUGUGUGUGUAAGAUUGUGUGUGUGUAAAGGGGAGAGAGAGGAAGGGAGAGCGAGCGAGCGAGUCUUGCAUGCAUACCACUGUUUAACUGGUUGUUGCUAGGCCUGGGAAAGCCCUGCUUUAGACAGAGGCUAAUGAUUUCAAUGGUAUUAGAAGCAACUGAAGUAAAAUCCACCAUAAACGGACUGUUCCUAUUGGUUGAAACAGAGCAAAUAUGCAUCGCAUGGCUUAAACUUGAUAUUUUUACUCUUUUUAAAGAGAAAAAACAUUGCACUGAUGACUGUUGUUCAUUGGUUGGCGUCACGUCAACAUUUUAUGUUUUUCUAAAUAGAAAAAAAAGGAACACAACAAAAUACUAUUGUAUAAAAAAAAGCUCCAGGUUAUAUUGUUGUCUAUUUUGUUUGUGUGUUACAUUACAUUUGCAAAGAGGCCUGUAUCUCUGUGCUUGGGUGUACUUGUAUGUAUGUUUGUGUGUAUAUAUAUAUAUAUAUAUAUAUAUAUAUAUAUAUAUAUAUAUAUAUAUAUAUAUAUAUAUUAACGCUGAAAUCCCAGGGCGCUUUCUUUUUCGUAAAGUGCUCUCCUGAUGUUAAGAAAGGGGAAUAAUACAUUUGAUGGUAAGAUCAUUGUAACAGAAAUAAAAUUAAAUUGCACGAUGUUCGGCUGCUCUGCUCCUUUCUUGUCAUAACAUUUAUGGCAUGGGGGGCGGAGCAGCUCGCUAGGUGUAAGUGAAUAUUUAGAUUUUUUUUGUUUUUGCAGAUUUUAUUUUUUAUUUUAUUUUAUUUUAUUUUAUUUUUUCUGUCAUGGACCAAGCUCUGUGGCGUAUUGUGUCUCCAGUGAGCAAAAAAAAGUUUUUUGUUGAGUUUUGAGUGAUUUGAAUGCGUGUUUUUAUUUUUUCUUUCUUUUGAUUUUAGCUGUUUUUGUUUGAUUGUUUGUUUGUUUGUGUGCGUCCGUUUUAUUUGUGUUUUCUUUUUUGAAUGUUUGUAACACUGUGAUUUGUGAGUGGUCAGAUGACAGAGUGCUGUAAUAUGUUUUGUACGUUUGUGUACAAGCCAGUAAAGAAAUCAUUAAACCUUAUUGAAGGUGUGA